AUGUAUCAUUUAGCAAAGGGAUUGUAUCGAUAUGCCACUAGUAAAGAAGUACCCACCGUCGGUCAAAAUGUCUCCACCAUCGACCUUCCAGAUAUGUAUCUGAAGAUUUGGGAUAUAGGAGGUCAACAUUCUCUUCGAAAACUAUGGCAAUCUUACUACACCAGUUGUCACGCCAUUGUCUUUAUAAUAGACAGUACUGACAUCGGGUCUGGGGAUCUCACUGAUUUGGACUCUGAUACCGGGGAUAAAGACGUAGGGAGAUUGGAGGAGUGUAAAUUGGUACUAGAAGAUGUGUUGAAAAGUGUGGAGACUGAAGGAGUGCCAGUGCUGGUUUUAGCGAAUAAACAAGACAGGGAGGAUUGUGUGGAAGUUGUGAGGAUCAAAGAGGGUUUGGUGAAGAGGGUUUUUGAGGGGGAGGGAGGCGGUGCAAUUAGAGACAGUCGGGUUUUACCGAUUAGUGCGUUGGGUGGAACAGGGGUUAGGGAGGCUGUAGAGUGGGUGAGAAGUAGAGUUGUUUGGAAUAGGGAGGGGAGACCUCCUGUUAUGCGGUAG